AUGUCCUCAUACCAACCUCUCUCCAGACUCCUUCUCCUCAGCACCAUACAGACCCUAAUCCCCGCUCUCCUUCUGAUCACCACACCCAAACGCUCACCCCUCCGCUACCUCUCCAUCCCAUGCAUGAUCUUCAUCCUGAGCAUGAUGCUCCAUCCCGUCAAAACAUCAUGCUAUCUGGCAGGUACCUCCGCCGGCGCCGGUUGGAUGAGCAUCCUAUUCGCUCUCGAUAUACUAUUAAUCAACCCCAAGCACGCAGAAGAUUUCAUCAACAAUAAGAAAAUCACAACGAACAGCUUUCUCUCUCGUCUAAAGUCCGCCCUAGAACUACGGGCUAAUCUACGAAGAGUCAACACUCCCAGAGAAACCAAAAAUAUACCUCCCUUUCCGAAAUACUACGCAAAAAGAGGCAUCACCCGAGGUCGGUUUUUGGUUCGUGAAACGGUAAUUGCCGUGUGGCAGUAUUUGGUCUUGGAUGUUUUGACUGUGGAGCUUUGGAUAGAGCGACUUAUCACGACUCUCGUCGCUUGGUUUAUCGUGUCACGGAUCCUUUCGGAGUUUUAUUAUCGAUCAUUUGCUGUUCCCUGUGUUGCUUUGAGGGUGGAAUCGCCUGAGAAUUUCCCCACGCUGUUUAAUAAGAUGGUUGAUGCUUAUACGUUGCGGGGUUUCUGGGGAAAAUUCUGGCACCAAACCCUGCGCACAAACUUCACAGCCGUGAGCAAUUUCCUCACCCGCGAUAUACUCAACCUACCCAAACCAUCCUUACUGGAGCGAUACACCAACGUGUUUCUGGUUUUCUGUCUAUCGGGUAUUAUGCACGUCGUCAUUGAUGUAGUGUCGAAUAUCCCAGUGCGGGAGUCAGGCGCCAUGAGAUUUUUCCUCUCUUUUCCUUUCGGAUACAUGAUUGAGGAUGGUGUUCAGGCUGGAUGGAGGAAGCUGCAAGGUUCGAAGAAGAAGGCUGGAACAGAGGCGGAGUGGUGGGAAAGGGCUAUUGGGUUUGUUUGGGUGGUGGGGUUUCUGACGGUAACUUUUGUGCCGUAUUCUGAGCCAAUGCAGAAGGGGCCGGAGAGGCUGUUUGUUCUGGUGUCUUGGAGUAUUGUGAAGGUGAUUGGGGUAAAGUUGGUUGGGGGGUUGAUUGUUGGUGUGGGGGUGUUGAUUAUGGUCGUUUUUGGAGGGGAGGUUUGA